AUCGUAAACUUCCCUCCAAAGAAAACUUAUCCCUUUUUUGGAUUGACCACAAACGAUGUCUCUGGAGUAUGCUUUCUCCAUGAGUUUCUGCUCCUUCUCCAAAGCAAUCACCUUUAAGAGAGAAGCCUUAUCCUUUCACAGAAUCAUCACCUGUGGAGCAAAGGCAAUUACAGGAGAUGGUGAAGUUGAACCCCAGAAAAAGAUAAGCUCUGAUCUCAAGAGGGUUUACUACAAGAAUGAGGAAAUUGAGACCCAAGUUAAGUAUUCUACUCACAAUGGUAGCAGAGUAAUAGCAAGAAGACUAUCUAUUAUGGAUAGAAGCAAGGCCAUAGCAAAGCUGGAAUCAUUAGGAAAAGAAGUGAGAAACGCAGGCUAUGCUCCAGAGACGAAGACUAUAUAUGUUCUUCAUGACAUCGAUGAAGAAGCUAAAGAGAAAGCAUUGAUGAAUCACAGCAAACGGUUAGCUAUUGCUUUUGGGCUUAUAAACACGAGUCCUCCUGGGACGACGUUUAGAGUGAUGAAGAAUUUUAGGAUAUGUGGAGGUUGCCACAACUUCAUGAAGAUAUUAUCCAGCAUUGAAGAUAGAAAUACUAGAGAAUAUCUCAUUGUAAGAGAUAACAAGAGGUUUCAUCAUUUUAGAGUUGUUACUUGUUCUUGCCGGGAUUAUUGGUAGAAACGUUUGGCAUGAAAAGA